CUGCGGGUGUUUCAAAAGAGGACUGAUAAUCGAUUGUUAUCAACGAUAAUCGAUUAUUUUGACAGAUUUCUGGGAACGAAAUGAUGGUGUUUGUGUGGGGAAUGGCUGGAAAAAUACGGGGAUGAUGAAGGAGUUCUUUUGGGUAUUUUCAAUGGAAGAAAAGAGUAAGAUUAAGAGGAGAAAUGGGGAGGAGUGGAAGAGUUAUUGGAGAAACAAUUGAGCUAGGUUACAAUCACCAGGUAAGUGUGGCUGGACUUGACUUUUUUAAUUUCCAAACGUGUGAAGCUGUGCUUGAGUCUGGUUGUGAAGUUUCCAACGUGUUUGUUGCUGAUUCUGAAUCUGAUUUUGAGACAAUAUUUGGAAACCUUUUUGAAGUCAAACCUGAACAAAAAAUGGCUACUUUGAAAGAACUUGCUGCCCCUGAUUUAAAUGUUCAACCUUUGGCUAUUACUUACAUUGAAUUGGAAAAACCUUUAAAGCUGAAUUCUGGGUUUAUAAAUCUUCUGCCUAAGUUUCAUGGUCUUCCUGGAGAGGAUCCCUUCAGACACAUCUCUGAAUUUCUGAUUACAUGCGGUGCUAUGGUGCCUGAAGGGGUCGCUCAAGACCAAAUUAGGUUGAGAGCUUUUCCUUUUUCCUUAUGUGAUAAAGCUAAAGAUUGGUUAUAUUAUAUGCGUGCUGGUUCUUUUACAACAUGGAAUGCUUUACAUAAGGCUUUCUUAGAGAAAUACUUCCCAGCCUCUAGGAUAGGGUCUAUUAGGAAGGAUAUCUGUGGGGUCAAACAAAUGAUAGGUGAAAAUUUUUCUGAAUAUUGGGAGAGAUUUAACAAGCUUUGUGCUUCAUGCCCACAACAUCAAAUUUUUGAACAAUUGUUGAUUCAAUAUUUUUAUGAAGGACUCCUCCCCACUGAUAGGAAUAAUGUUGAUGCUGCAAGUGGAGGAGCCCUUGUUAACAAAACCCAUACUCAAGCUAGGGAGCUUUUUAACUUGAUUGCUCAAAACACCCAACAAUUUGGAACAAGAGAGACACUGGUUAAAAAGGUCAAUGAACUUGAAAGUAAAUCAAUUGAACAAAAGCUUUCUGAACUCACCUUUAUGAUGUCAAAACUUGUUUCUGGGGGUGGGAAUGUUAGGGGAAUCCAUUGUGGAGUGUGUUGUCUAGAAGGGCAUGCAAGUGAUGCUUGUCCAACCCUUCAAAAUCCUGAAGUCAAUGCUGUUUUUUAUAAUAAUCAACAAAGAAAAUAUGAUCCAUAUUCAAAUUCUUAUAAUGAGGGCUGGAAGGAUCAUCCAAAUCUCAGAUAUGGCCCUCCUCAAAACAAUACUCAGAAUUUUAAUCAAGCAAAUAGGGGAAAUCUGAAUUUAAAUCAUCAACCUAGCCAAGAUAGAAGUGCCCAGAUGCUUGAACAAAUUCUCAAGAAAAUGGAUGACAAGUUUUCAAGUUUUGAUUCAACUCUUAAACAAGUUCAAGAAAAACAAACAGCUACUGAUGUGAUAAUAAGCAACUUGCAGGCUCAAAUAAAUCAAAGAAUCCCUUCUCAGCCUUUUCCAAAUCCAAAAGAAAAUAUAAGUGCUGUGGUUUUAAGGAAUAAGAAACAAUUGCCUGAACCUAAGGGUAGGGAUAGGUUUGAGAGUGAGAAAGAAGUACCUAAAGUUGUGAAUCUUGAGUUAGAUGAGGCUACUGUUCCAAACUGCAGUUCUCAUGGGGCUGAAACAGUGGGAGAAACACCUGGAAAUGACACCACAGACCAAGGGGAAAGGGUAGAAGACAUGGUCAGACCUAAAGCUCCCUUCCCGA